AUGUUCUCAGCACUUAAAUCAGCGUACUAUUCGAAAAAAAAGGGCAAGCGGAGUGAUGAGGAGAAGAAAGCUUCAGAGAGUCCCCCUCCUCAACCUACCGAUCAGUCGUCUUCGAAGGGCCGUUUAGAUUCAACAUCCGUUAAACACCACAGCGAAGCAGACAUACCUGAUCAGGCCAAGUCAUCCACUGUAUUUGCUCAACUUGGAAAUUAUGGGCCGGCGACGGAGAGCAGCACUCAGAAGAGCCCGACAGAAAUGAUUACGCAAAAGAGUCUAGCUCCCAUCAAAUGGUUUUCUCCACCGUCUAAUACCAAUUACCAAGACGAAGACGACAAAGAUGACGGAGACGACGAAGACGACGAAGACGACGAAGACGACGAAGAUGCUUCUAUUUCGUCUUCAGAAUCUGGCAGCCAUAGUCUAAUAGACAAUCAACAAGCUCAGCAAAAUCCGAUCCCAAAACCAUCCAAGCCAUUCUUCAAACCUAAAAUUUCACCCUUUAUACCUGCUCAAAAUAAAAGUUGGGUCCCGGUGGAAAAGAAAGACCAAAAUGGCUUUUUUCGUCCCAAAACCCCAAAGUAUUCGAGACCCUAA